CCCACUGACAAAAGUCUGGCCGAUUACUAGAAAGCAUAAUGACAACACCAUUCCGUCAAGGCUUGAGUAUGUUUUAUAUUCCAUUUCUAACGCCCUUUUUGUCAGAGUGCUGUGAUUAGAAAAUCGAGUUUAGUAACCAAUAGACUGGGGUUUGUUCCCCCCGUUUCCUCUUCUAAAUAGACAAAGUAUACCUGCCUAAUAUCAUCUUUAAAAUGGUACGGUCAUCUGGACUUCAGCCUAAUCAAGUGGCCUUCCGAGUUCCACCCAGCUGCAACAAAUUCGACAUUCACUCUUAUUUAACCAACAUUUACGGUGUGAACAACAUUCAGGAAGUGCGUACUAUGAAUUACGCCACUGUUUACAAAAAGCGAGCCAACAAAAGAUUCGAUAAAGUACAGUCCGCCUACAAAAAAGCGAUCGUCACGCUGGACGCACCUUUUCAGUACCCUCCUGAACCAGAAUGGUGCAAGCUCGAUCGUCAACAAUUCGAUGCCGCCAGGAAGUCAAGUGCACGUAAAUUGAAUGGCUGGCGUAUAAGAUUGACAGAAGAGGAGCGCAUCGAAAAGAAGGCCUUGGAUAAGGCUGUGCAAGACAGAGCGGAAGAGGAACAAAAUGUAAAGAACAAGAAGAACAAGAGCAAGAAAUAGAUCAUUAGAGGAAGGACAGACAUGAAGAAUGCCUUUCAUUUUUAUAUUGGAGGGGAAAAAUACCAGCCCAAAAAAAUCAACCCUUUCACCUUGUUUGUACUCAUGAUUUUUUCCGUAGAGUCCUUUUGUAAAUACAUACAACAUUGAAGAUUGUAAAAAAAAAAAAAUGAACUUUUUAACCUAUCU